UACGGCCGCCUCCCCGAUCGUGUCUUUGAGCUCAAAUGCAAGGGCGGGAGCGCGGCCUGGGCUUCUCCUGCUGGUCUGUGGGGCGGGAUGACCCAGUCGGUGGUCAUACAGGUCGGCCAGUGCGGGAACCAGAUCGGCUGCUGCUUCUGGGACCUGGCGCUGAGGGAGCACGCUGCGGUCAACCAGAAAGGGAUUUAUGAUGAUGCGAUCAGCAGCUUCUUCAGGAACGUGGAUACCAGAGUGGCUGGUGAUGGCGGCAGUAUUUCCAGAGGAAGAAUAUCUUCUUUAAAAGCCCGAGCUGUUUUGAUUGACAUGGAAGAAGGAGUGGUGAAUGAACUUCUCCAAGGACCACUGAGAGAUGUGUUUGACAGCAAGCAGCUCAUCACGGACAUUUCUGGCUCAGGAAAUAAUUGGGCUGUGGGUCACAACGUUUUUGGAAGCCUUUACCGGGAACAGAUCGUAGAGAAACUCCGGAAGUCAGCAGAGCACUGUGACUGCCUGCAGUGUUUCUUCAUCCUACACUCCAUGGGAGGAGGAACAGGAUCUGGACUGGGCACCUUUCUGUUAAAGGUGCUUGAAGAUGAAUUCCCGGAAGUGUACAGAUUUGUAACAGCAGUUUAUCCUUCCAGCGAGGACGAUGUAAUCACCUCACCUUAUAACAGCAUGUUGGCCAUGAAGGAGCUCAGUGAGCACGCAGACUGUGUGCUGCCCGUUGAUAACCAAUCUUUAUUUGACAUCAUUAGCAAAAUUGAUCUUGUGGUCAAUUCUGGAAAGUUGGGUACCACUGUGAAGCCUAAGAGUCUCGUUACCUCGAAUGCGGGGGCUGUUAAAAAGCGCCACAAGAAGCCCUUUGACGCCAUGAACAACAUUGUGGCGAAUCUGCUCCUCAGCCUGACAAGCUCUGCAAGAUUUGAGGGAUCCCUUAACAUGGACCUGAAUGAGAUCAGCAUGAACCUGGUUCCUUUCCCUCAGCUUCAUUAUCUUGUGUCGAGCCUAACACCGCUGUACACGCUGGCAGAUGUUAACAUUCCCCCUCGAAGAUUGGAUCAGAUGUUCUCAGAUGCCUUUAGUAAAGACCACCAGCUCAUUCAAGCCGACCCCAGACACAAUCUCUACCUCGCCUGUGCCCUCAUCGUUCGCGGGAAUGUACAGAUUUCAGAUCUUCGCAGAAAUAUAGAAAGGUUAAAACCUGCGCUGCAGUUUGUCUCCUGGAAUCAAGAAGGCUGGAAGACCAGCCUGUGUUCAGUCCCACCUGUGGGUCACUCGCACUCGUUGUUAGCUUUAGCAAAUAACACGUGUGUGAAGCCCACCUUCAUGGAGCUGAGAGAAAGGUUCAUGAGGCUCUACAAGAAGAAGGCUCACCUCCACCACUACCUGCAAGUUGACGGGAUGGAGGAAAGCACCUUUUCAGAAGCUGUGUCCUCUCUGUCAGCACUCAUACAGGAGUACAGUGACCUCGACGCCACAAAGAGCAUGCCUGUGUGUGAUGUGCCCAGGCUGCGCGUGGCCUUGUGAAGGAAGAAGCUAAAAUAUGCAAUUGCUACUUUUUUUCUGAUUCAUACUGAGUUUUGUCCCCUUUCCAUUUUAGUAUUUCCUGUGGCUCAGAAAGCCCAAUUUGUUGUUCGUGGUAUCAAAGUAUCUUGUCUAAAGUGGUAGUUUCUGGUUUAUUACAUUUUUAAAAAUACCAGUGUGUGAUACCACUUCUAGCAAUUUGUCAAACUUAAGAGCAAGCCAGCAUGGUGGUGUACAUUUGUAGCCCCACUGUGGCUGACAUGCAGGAGGACUGUGUUCAGGCCAGCCUGGGCUGUGCAGCGAGAGCCCAGGUAGUGGGAGAGAGCAGUUCUUUUUCACUUUGCUCAUUCAUAGCCUCCUUUGCAGACCUGUCCAGGGAUGACGCCUCAGGAAAGACUGUGCAUAUCAUUUUUAUAUGUACACUUUAUGUUUUCAUACUCGGUUUAAGUGCCGGAAAAGUAGGUCCUAGGGGUCUAUGGACUUCUCAGGGUAAUGUUUGUUAUGAAGACUUUGUCUUGUUUUUUUUGU